CGGUGCGGGCGGCGGCUGCAGUUGUCACCGGCAGUAGCGGGGCGAGGAAAGGAGCGGGAGCGAGAUCCCUUCCCGGGACCGUCACUCCCCGCCGGCCUCUUCACGGAGCCUGUUCCCCUCCGUCCGCCGCCGCCAUGACCACCACCACCACCUUUUCGGGCAUGGACCCCAGCGGCAGGAACAGCUCCAGAGUGCUGCGUCCUCCGGGCGGUGGGUCCAACUUCUCCUUGGGUUUUGAUGAACCAAAAGAGCAACCUGUGCGAAGGAACAAAAUGGCAUCCAGCAUCUUUGGAACUCCUGAAGAAAACCCACCUUCCUGGGCUAAAUCAUCGGGGGCUAAGCCAGGUGAAAUCAGAGAAGACACUGAAUCAUCUGGACCACAAAGAAGAAACUCAACUGAUGCAAACUGUGGAGACAUUGUAGAUCCCAAGGGAGGAGACGGUGGUGGUGAAAUUUCUGAAAACACUGAGGCUGAUGUAGAAGCUGCCCCAGGUCAGAAUGAAGAAAAAUCCCUGCCUGCUGCACCUGUUCCUAGCCCAGUAGCACCAGCACCGUCCAGGAGAAAUCCACCCGGUGGCAAGUCCAGCCUAGUCCUCGGUUAAGCCUUUCCCUUCCUGACUGUUUUGAACUCGUGUCUGUUUCUUCCCCCCAUGCUUGUGAACUGCACAACUUGAGCCUGACUGUACAUCUUGAAUUUCUUUCAUUAAAAAGAAGCACUUUAUGUACUCCAUCUUUUUUUUUUUUUAAAAAUCAAGGUUUUUUUCCCCACUUCUGUCCUGUGUUUCCCCCAGAUCUACUGGAAGUGACAUGAGUGUUUUCUAGUGAUAGACUUGAGGGAAAGCUUUAUGAAGUAUAGUAAUGUGAUUUGAAGGAGAGUAGCUUGGUUCUAAGUGUGCUUAGAGGGUUUUUGUACUGAGAUUUUUUAGAACCCCUUAGCUUUACAAGGGUCUAGAAUCCUGGUUAAACAGGCCAGCAAACAAUCAGCAAGAGCAGUCCUUCCUUCCACAUGCAGGAUUUGGGGAUCUAAAAGGCUUCCUUGACUGCAUGUGGUAAAUGCCUUGAGCCCUGCUGUGCCAUAUAAGUCAUACAGUGGUUAGUGUACACCGUGCUGCCUUUAAAAAAAAAAAAAAAAAACCUAAAAGACCUUGAUAGCGGACUACUAUGAAGCAGGGUAUGUGCCAAAAGAGGGGUGAUGACCAGAGCCGCCUGGCCUAAGGCUAGGAGGGGGUUUAUUCAGACUUUAUUCAGUAAAGGUGGAGUGGAUCGUAUAAAUAAAAAUUACAGGGCAUUUUUUUUUUUUACAACUGACUCAAUGCUGUGCAUGAUCAUGCUGGUGCUUGACCAUGAGGUGAAAAUCUCAUCCUUUAAAGUGUGUGUUGUAAUUUCACAAAGCUGGACCGUUGCUUAAAAGUAAAUAAUAUAGAAAUUUUGAA